UUUUUGAGUAUGCAAGAUGCUUACUAAAAAAGAAAUCACAGUUAUUGGUGAUAAUUUUCGCCUCUUAGAUUUUGAUGGAGACUUAAAACUUAGUUAUUCGGAGGCGCUUUCCCUCUAUCAUGCUGUAAAAAGUGAGAUUGCACCCAAUUCCACCGCUAGUCACUACGAGCUACUUUUAGAUGAUCUCGUUAAAGAAAGCAGUGGAGCUUUCAACGCUGAUAAUGUGUGUUACACUCUUGAUGACUUUUGCCAGAUUUUUAAAAAAUUAAAAGAAACCUCGCAACAACAUAAAAUCCCUUCAUUAACAGCGCCGGAGGAUUCUACCUCCACACCUCCGAAUGCACUGAAAACUAUUAUAUCCGCGGCUGAAAGCGCAGCCACUUGGUUUGGCGUAUCUUCGAAGCCCGGUGGAGCGUCAGAGUGGGGCUUGAGGGCCGGUGCCGCUAAUACCGACGACUUGCUUGGCGAUAUGGACGCCGGAGAGGAACAGCUCUUGAAUCAAUCCUCAGGUCUUUCCCGUCGGAAGACUAUGUCCAUAAGAAGGAGAUUGACUCGGUUACAGAAAAAAAGAAAGGAAACAUACAUCUCGAUAGAUCAGGAAAAGGACGAAAGUGGCGUUUACCAAGUUGAAGAUCAAGCUGUUGAAGACGAAAAGAGCGAGGAACUCCCACCGGAGGACGAGGAGACUCUUGCAUUUAAAGAAAAAAACGUCCGAGAAAUCGACACGUUACUGACCCAAGCGGAAGAUAAAGAGGAGCGCUUUGAUAAAGUUCGCUUGCAUACUCGGUCUUUUCUCCUACACCGCCGUGAGCAGUACAAGCACACCGUCCGCCCGACCCACUAUGCGUAUGCCAGGUGGUUCGAAAGUGAAGGGCCUAUACUAAACGCUGCUGGAGUCCCGGCGAAUGCCAAACCUGAGCUCCAUGUCAAGUACCGGUUGUUGCAGCCUCGCAAACAGGCUUACGUUAAGCGCCCGUUAGUGAACCCGCCACCAGUAGGGAAACCAGCGUUGAGAUUCAACAGACAAGGACAGAAACUCAAGGUGCUCAGCAAAGAAGCGCAAAUGAUAUUCGCCGCGAGGCCUCGCUACCGCCCAUGGAUCAAUUACAUCAGUAUUGCUUUGAUGAUCAUCUUAAUGAUCGUCGAAAUUGGUGUUAAUUUGGGUGUCGAGCCCAUUGGCGUGGGAAUAAGCUCUUAUAAGGCAAAUAUUGAGGAUAUAACCGGAAAAGUCACUGGUGAAGAGUGGAACACAUAUCAAAACAUGUGGAUCGGCGUUGCGCCUGGAACAUUGAUCCAUCUGGGUGCCAAAUACACGCCUUGCAUGAAGCGUGAUAAUAAAGUAUAUUCCGCCGAAAUUACUCAGCGCACGAAGUUUUCUACAUCUGAAGAGGGAUGCUGUCUUUUAACCAAUAAGCGGUGCUGGCAGACAUCAGAGGCUAAUUGUAAAGCAGCAGGAGGGAUGCUACAUAAGGGCUCCGCAUGCUCAUCGCUCUCCUGCGAAGUUUUUAAUCGACCUUGCUGCAUCGGCACAUUUGGUCAGUGCGAGAAUAUCGGAGAAAAGCUGUGCAAGUUUUAUGGAGGACACCGCUACGACGACUUGGAGAAGUGUUCCGAAGUUCCCACGUGCUUAAGCAGUGUUUGCGGAAUGGGCGGAAUCAGUGAUCCCAAGUUUCCCUGCCAAUGGUGGCGGUUUAUCCUCCCCAUGUUCUAUCACGCAGGGAUUGUCCAUCUCGUCUUGAACAUUCUCUUUCAAGUGACGAUCGGAUUUAGGAUUGAGUCGGAAUGCGGCCCUUUGCGUUUUUUUCUAAUAUUUUUGAUAAGCGGCAUUGGAGGAAAUAUAGUUUCAGGGAUUUUCUCACCAUAUGUUACUCAGGUUGGCUCAUCUGGUGCACUGUAUGGCCUCAUGUCAAUUCUCGUGGUUGAACUUGGCCAAAAUUGGAGAUACUUAGAGCAUCCCUACAGGGAGCUAAUCAUUUUGGGAGUCACUAUUUUAAUAUCUCUUGGGAUCGGCACUCUUCCUUACGUGGAUAAUUAUGCUCAUUUCGGGGGUUUUCUGUAUGGAUUAUUCGCAGCUGUUGUUUUUCUGCCUUACAUAACUUUUGGAAAGCACGAUAUUCACCGGAAAAGAAUUUUACUAAUAAUAUUUUUUCCGCUCCUAAUACUCAUGCUUGCCAUGGGAUUCUACACCUUCUCGGUCGCAAGCGAUGAUUUCUGCGGCCCUUGUCAGUAUAUCAAUUGUAUUCCCUAUAAGGAGGGCAUGUGCAACUCACAAUCGUGGGACGGGACUUAUGUUAGUUUUUCCCAAUAAAUAAU